AUGUAUUAUUUACACGGCACACCUCUUGUCAAUGCACAAGCCCAGAAAGACCCCACGACCAUCAAGAUUCUGAUCCUGUUGUUUUCACACGUGGUGGACGAUUAUCAGCGAUCCUCGAACUUAUUCAAAUUCCAAAUAUCUCAAAAACACGGCCGGCAUGCUUUGCAAGAACACCCUCAUUGCCCACCGACUGGAACGCUGUUCUUCGCCAACAAAGGCGGCAACUUCCAGCCCAGCCAAACAAUCAAAGGUGUCCAUGUUGAUGCAACUGGCGGGCAGGUCACCAACAGCAAGCUCGCAGUUACUUCCAUUGUCAACGAUGAUGGCGUUGAGCCUGGCAAGGACGCCUAUAACUUUUAUAGCGGAGAUGGUACCACUAGCGCUGGCUGGCCCGCCAAAAGCGCAUGGAUCUCUUUUGAAGACAUGUUCAACAACAACGAGGUCGAGAUGUUCAGUUCUUGCGACCAAUUUUCGGAGUCCGAUGACUCCGGACCCGAAGUCGGCGCGAUCUACAACGCGCUCCAGCAAGUUGCGAUGGAGACAGAGGUGGACCAUCGCUUCAUCCUUGCUGUAGUGAUGCAAGAGUCUGGAGGCUGUGUUCGUGCCCCGACGACCAAUUACGGUGUCCGCAACCCGGGUCUCAUGCAAGAUCACGACGGCGCUGCCACUUGCAACGACAACGGUGAUGUUCAGAAUCCAUGCCCCACCAGCACCAUCACCCAGAUGAUCCGAGAUGGUUCUGCUGGCACAGCCAGUGGCGAUGGUCUUGCGCAGUGUAUCAACGAGUCUGGUGCCAGCGACGUUUCGGCCUUUUAUAAGGCAGCCAGGAUCUACAAUGCUGGCUCAUUGGCCUCAGAUGGAGAUCUUGGGGCACCCGGCGCGACCCGUUGCUACUCCUCUGAAAUUGCCAACCGCCUGACCGGUUGGGUACAGGCCGCUCAUGGCUGCACUCUCGAUGGAUAG